AUGGUGCCGGGGGACCCCAGCAUAGAACUGAUGAGGGAGCUGGUAGUGGACAGGGCUCAGCGACCUCCAUAUCCUGGUCUAGCUGCACACGACUCAUGUGAGUGCUGGGCACACAAUGCCAUGGCACGUCACACCACGUUUAAGAUGAUGAAGACGCUGAGAAAAGUUGAGCAGGCGUGGAUGACGCCUGCAGCUGCCUGCCCACCUCCCAUCGCCAUGGCGACGACGACGCGUGGUGAUGCUCGCAUCCCCACCGUCGCCACGGCGAUGACAACAAGUGCGGAUUCCCAAAUUCUCGCCACGGCAACGACGACGGCAAAGUGUGGCGGCGAUCCAGCUUCGAUCGCUGCGACAAGGGAAUCAAUCGCAGCAUGGCUUCCCGCGGACUCUCCGCUGCCAUCAGAUAAGACAAAGACUCCACCGUCACCACCUAGUGGAGAUAUACCUGUACCAGCGCCACCCAGCACGCAACUGCUGGCUCCAUCUAGUGGCGUGCAGGUACCAGUGACGUACACGGACACACGGGUGCUGCCCUCUGGGGGAGAAGUGAAGCCCCUCACGCCGGCGCAGUUGGCAAAGAUCGCGAUGAUGAAAAGUAGCGACGAGGAUUUGCCCGUAACCAGUAGGGGGCGCUGCGACGAUCCCCUCGCCAUCACCUUCGUGCCGCGUCUCGCGUCGCAGGAGCGAGAAUUCGGCGUCACGUGUGACGAGGUCGCAUUCAAGGUCACACAGCGUGAUACUAAUGUGACCUCUACGUCUACAUCCGGGGUCAUGCAGCACGGGGUCGCGACCUCUACGUCUGGAUUCGCGGCGGAUGCGGGAGAGGCGAGCGAGGGGAGAGAGACGUCUGCAGCGGUGAGGAAGCUCGCUGAGCUCACAGCGACACCGGAGGACGAGGAAGAUGCUGCGUUGCCGCGGCAACAGCAAUCGUCAGAUACAAGCGUUAAUGUCUGCUGAUGAAAGGAUCAAGUAUUAUCUCUAAUACAGAGAGAGAAAGAGAGAGAGAGAGUGUGUGUGUGUG